AUGAAAAAGGUAUCGAAUUUUCUUUACAAAAUAAGCUUACUCUUAACAGCCCUUUUCUCAACUGUCUUUGCUGAAACAUUUUCUGGUAAUGAAGUAAUUCAAGGAUCUACUUUUUUCACUGGUGCAGUUAGUGUUAGUGCUGAUUCUACUUUGGUUAUUGAAUCUGGUUUAUUACAUUAUUUUUUUAAUACAGUUACUAAUAAUGGUAAUUUAUACAUCUGUGAAAGAUCGUCAACCAAUAUUGGCAUGGGAAUUUACAUUUACCAAAGUUUAUACAACUAUGGUACAUUCCUUGUUGAUGAUAGUAUGGCUUCAACUGCAUUAUCUUUACAUUAUUCCGGUGCAGUCUUCUACAAUACAGGUGACAUGUACUUCAAGAGUUCUUCUUCUCUCUUAGGUGGGGCAUCUAUUAAAAUUACAUCAAGUUCUUUUUACAACAGUGGUAUUCUUUCUUUCAAUACAAGCACUAGUGGUACCACCGGUAAAGUUACUUUAGGUAGUGGUGUCGUGUUGCUGGGUCUACUGUCAAAAAUGACCAACGAUGGUACCAUUUGUUUGGAAAGUACGACCUUUGACCAAACAACUAAUAUCGAAGGUAGUGGUUGUAUUGAUGUUGGUUCAAACGCUGCUUUGACUGUUGACCAUACUUAUACUUCUUUAUCAGAUCAAACCAUUUAUAUGUCUUCUACAUCUUCUGUCGUCAAUUUUGACAGAUUGACAGGUUCACAUACCUAUAUACUAAGAGGUUUCGGUGGCGGUAAUAAGAUAUACUUCCCAUUCGUUAUUUUAUCUUACAAUUAUGACUCUACUACCGGUGUCUUAAAGGUCAUCAGUGCUUUGUCGAGUUGUGAAAUUCAGAUUGGUACCGGUUACAGCAGCAGUGGUUUCUCUAAGAUUAAUAACGGUAUAAUCCUUCAGUCAGGUUUAACCUACAGCGCUGAUGCUCCGGAUACCACUCGUCCAUCAGUUUGUGCUGCCUGUAACAAUGCGCCAAGUUGUUCCGAUACUGGUUCUUACAGCACUUUGACAAAUUCUUACACCAAUUCGGAACUUCCAUCUGCUUGGACCACGACAAUGUCAACUGGCACGGUAACUGUUACUCUUGGUAAUUCAUACUAUUACACCACUGACAGUGCCGGUAGCACUUAUAUUGCUGAUACCAUCUACAUAGUUACUGGUAGCGAUGCGGCUACUCCAACCAGUUCCUCUGCUGAAGCUUCUACCAUUUCAGUUUCAGCUUCCACAUCAACUUCUGAUGUGACUUCUUCUAAUUCUAUUCCUAAUACUUCUGUUUCAAGCUCCGGAAGUGUCAGCUUGAGUUCAAACGAAGGUUCUGGAACUUCUCCAAUCGCUUCUGUUGCCUCUACUAUGACUUUUUCGAGCACUACUGUAACUUUAGCGUCCACUGAAAGUGAGUCUCUACCUUAUUACACUACUACAGUAACAUCUGGAAGUUCUUCUGAGACUCUGGUUGUUUCGGAAUACACGACAACCAAUUCUGUCGGUGAUGCUACCACCGUCACUACGACCUCUACGGUUUCUGGUACUGAUUUGCCAGUAUAUACAACGACAGUUGUGAUUUCUGGAAGUGAUACAGAAACUUUAGUUGUUUCUGAAUAUACUACAGUUGAACCAGAUGGUCAAACUACAACUGAAUUUACCACAUAUACUGUUACAAACAGUGCUGGUCCUUUACCAAGUUACACGACUACUGUCGAAGAAAACGGUUCCACACUUACCUAUAUUGUCAGCGGCUAUACAACAACAAAUUCAGAAGGUCAAACCGUUACCAGAGAGUCUAGUUCUCUCGUUAAUGCCGGGAAGUCUACUGUUUACGCUACUACAGUAACCAACGUCGAUGUUACUUCUACUCUGAUUGUUUGUGAAUGUACUCUAACUAAGUCUAAUGGUGAGACCGUCUCUACAUUGACAACCUAUCCAGCUUCGGUUACACAAAGUAAUAUGUCUGGAAACUCCUAUACUACCACAGUUGUGUGUCCUGAAACCGUCACAGUGAUCGAAUGCGACUAUGAGACUACUGAUUCAAAUGGUAGUACAAUUGAAGUCCAUAGCAUAUACACCACCGCAGCUGCUGAGACAAAGGCUGCAGCUGCUGCCACGCAUGUCCCAAGUGGCACUACAGAAGCCUCCAACGCUGCUGCUACUGCCACUGCUACUGCCGUUUCUGUAGUUUCAUUUCCUACUGUAUCCACCGCUGUCGCGGUAUCGACAUACGAGGGCAAGGCCAUGAAGGUCCAAGAAUUGACGACAUGGUUGAUGUUGCUUCUAGGAGCCUUCACUGUUCUUAUUUGA